ACCGUCGUGUGUUCGGUGUACUGUUCUAUUUUCUAUUUUACUAUGAUAUGUUAAUUGGUUUAUUCUCUUGUCUGAUGCGAAUUAUAUAUUCUGUGAUGUUUGGUAUGUUAUUUCUUGGACGAACAGACCAUAGUGUUCUUAUGCGUAAAUUUGAAUUAUGGGACCCGGGUUUUAAAGCAUAUUAUGGUUUUGUUGUUGUCGAAGAGUACCACACCCAUCCCGUACUAGUUACAUUCUGCAACAUACUGAUGCAAACUGAUGAAAACAAUGGAAAAUAUAGGGUAGAAGAAGAAAGUAAAGAACAUGAAGAGUCGUUUUUGAAAAGUAAGAGAAUACGAAAUAAAUGGUUAGUAACGCGAACCCUGGUCAGAAACCCUGCCUUGAUUGGUAUGCGGAUCGUCGGUGAUCGUAGUCGUCAUAGAAACGAAAAGUUGGAAAAGAAAGAAGAGGAGUUGGAUAUGGAGAUGAGAACAUUUGGUGAUGCAGUUGAAAAUGCAGCCAUGGUAACAGUGGAGGCUGCUACGUCCUAACUGUUUGGCUGUUACCGAAUGUUAACAAAAUCGGGGC